CCUCGCCCGCUCAACGCCUUCUUCCUUUAUCGGCGCGACCAGAACAACCAGCUGAGGGCAACGAGCGCUGAAUCCUUCCGGCAAAACCUAGUGUCCAAAGCGGUCGGCGAGCGGUGGAAAGACGAGUCUCCGCAAGUCCGGCUGAAAUACGAAAAGCUCGCCAAAGCCGCGCAGGAGGAGCACAAGAGAAUGUAUCCCGACUACAAAUACAAGCCG